UACACUACCCCACGCUCACUCGCUCAGCUGUGGUAGCAGUCGCAACAAGUCAGCGAAUGGAAGCCAUGGAGCUCGGGGGAGCAUCACUGGAAGGUAGUAGCCCAUCGUCGCCGGCGACGGCGCCGUGGGGCCUGCUCUACGGCGUCGCGGUGCUGCCAGUGCUAUGCGCGCUCUACUGGGCGGCGGAGAGGUGCUGGCUCGGGCCGCGGCGGGUCGCCGGCGAGCUCAAGGCGCAGGGGCUCCGCGGCACGGCGUACCGGUUCCCGGCCGGUGAUCUCACGGAGAACACCCGGCGCAGCAAGGAAGCGCGGGCCAAGCCCAUGCCGCCGUGCCACGACAUUGUCCCCCGCGUGGCGCCGCUACUCCUGGACAUCGUCAGGGAUCAUGGCAAUGUUUGCAUCACCUGGUUCGGCACAACGCCGAGGGUGGUCAUCGCGGAGCCCGAGCUACUGAAGGACAUCCUAUCCCAAAAGUUUGGUCACUUCGAGAAAUUCACCCUCAAAAGUCUUGGAAAAUUGAUCGCCCUCGGUCUCGCGAGCUACGAAGGAGAGAAAUGGGCGAGGCACAGGAGGAUCCUGAACCCUGCUUUCCAUCUCGAAAAGCUCAAGCGCAUGUUGCCGGCUUUCUCAGCUUGCUGCAGCGAGAUGAUUGACCGCUGGGACAGCAAACUAGCCGGUUCUGAUGGACCGCAAGAAAUAGACAUCUGGCAGGAGUUUCAGAACCUCACAGGAGACGUGAUCUCCCGGACGGCGUUCGGCAGCAGCUUCAAGGAAGGGCGAAGGAUCUUCCAGCUGCAGGAAGAGCAAGCCGAUCGAGUCAUCAAGGCCAUCCAGUAUAUCUACAUCCCAGGCUUCUUGUACUUUCCAACAGAGAACAACAGGAGGAUGAAGCGGAACAGCCGAGAGAUAGAAGGGCUCCUGAGAGGCAUCGUCGAGAAGAGGAGCCGCGCCGUCGAGAACGGCGAGCUCAGCGGCGACGACCUGCUCGGCCUGAUGCUCAGGUCCAACACGGACAGCGGGGAGCCGCCCAGCCUGAGGAUGAGCACGGAGGACGUGAUCGAGGAGUGCAAGCUCUUCUACUUCGCCGGGAUGGAGACCACGUCGGUGCUGCUCACGUGGACGCUCGUCGUUCUAGCCAUGCACCCCGAGUGGCAGGACCGUGCGCGGGAGGAGGUCCUGGGCGCCUUCGCCCGCGACAAACCCAGCUUCGACGGCUUGAGCCGACUGAAAACGGUAACGAUGAUACUGUAUGAAGUUCUCAGGCUGUACCCGCCGGCGAUCUCGCUGAGCCGAAGAACAAUCAAGGAGAUGCAGAUCGGGGGCAUCACGUACCCUGCAGGCGUGGCCCUUGAGCUGCCCAUCAUCCUGAUCCACCACAGCACCGACGUGUGGGGCAAGGACGCACAGGAGUUCAAGCCAGAGCGGUUCGCCGAGGGGAUCUCCAGGGCGACCAAGACCGACCAGCCGGCGUUCUUCCCGUUCGGCUGGGGCCCGAGGAUCUGCAUCGGCCAGAACUUCGCGAUGCUCGAGGCCAAGAUGGCGCUGUGCAUGAUCCUCCGGAGCUUCGAGUUUGAGCUGUCGCCCUCGUACGUCCAUGCGCCUUACGCCAGUGUCACACUGCAUCCACAGCAUGGUGCGCAAGUUAUACUCAAGAAACUUUGAUCGUCUUAAUUAUAUGGUAGCUCUGGUGGCACCAGAGGGUUGGUUAUCGAUGUUUCAAGAGUCAGUAGGUAACUACGUGUUGACUAGGUAUAUUAAUUGUGGGCGAAUGUCAGAGGCACUUUGUGUGUGCUGAUGAAGGUGAAAGAAAAUAAAAAGGCAAGGGAUGCUUGAUGUGAAGGUAUAGAGCUACUACAAGCCAGUUAAUUAAAUAAUAAUCAUGUUUCCACUAUGGUUCUUAGU